AUGCUAAGAUCAAUGGCCGCAAUCCGGUCGGCUUUCUCCUGCGUUUUCACUCCAUUUCUUGCCCUCCUUCUCAUCUUACUCAUCAACUCCGCUGCUCCUCCAGCGGCAGCCGUCGAGGAAUUCAAAGUCGGCGAUGAUUCCGGCUGGCGACGCCCCGCCGUCAACGAUUCCGAUCUCUACACCGUCUGGGCUUCCCGGAAGAAAUUCCACGUUGGAGAUUUACUCCGUUUCGUGUAUGUGAAUGACUCGGUGGUUAAGGUGGACAAAUAUGGUUACUACCACUGCAACGUCAGCGGACCGGAAGAAACGGUUUACACCGAUGGGAACAACACGUUGAUCACUCUGGAUAAGCCCGGUCCGGUUUACUUCGUCAGUGGAUACUACGAUCACUGCAGUGCCGGUCAGCGGUUGUACGUCGAAGUCUUGCCCCUUCCUUCCUCCGGUUCGAGUUCUCCUCCUCCUCCCCCUCCUCCGCCCUCCUCCACGGCGUCUCCGCCGGAAUACUACUGGGGGAUGUCUCCCGCUCCAUCCCCGCUUUCCAAUUCGGGUUCGGGUUUGGCGGCCGUUUCCUCCUCCGUUCAUGCAGCUGUGGCGUUGAUGACCUCGGUGGCCCUCCUGGUUGCUGCAUCCUUCUUUUAUCCUCCAUUAUCACUAGGCCUCAGUUCAAUUCAGCUUCUCCAUUUCUUCACGUCAUCGCAUCAGUUUGCAAAGACUAUGGCUUCUACCUUCACUGCAUUGUCCCCUGCUGGCUCAGUUGUCUCUUUAGGCAUUUGUAAAGCAGAUAAGAAGCUGGUUAGUUCUUCCGAGGCUCUGUCUUCAUGCACAUCAUUAUCUUCCCAAGCCUUGGGGGGCAGAAGGGAGAAGGUUAACAUGCGUAAAAGACAAAGUUGCAAGGUUCAGGCUAUGGCCAAGGACUUGUACUUCAAUAAAGAUGGCUCUGCUCUUAAGAAGCUUCAGGAUGGUGUUAAUAAACUUGCAGAUCUUGUGGGAGUUACGCUCGGACCCAAAGGAAGAAAUGUAGUUCUGGAGAGCAAAUACGGAUCCCCUAAAAUUGUCAAUGAUGGUGUGACUGUUGCUAGAGAGGUUGAAUUGGAGGAUCCUGUUGAGAAUAUAGGUGCUAGGUUAGUUAGACAAGCUGCUUCAAAGACUAAUGACUUGGCUGGGGAUGGUACAACCACAUCCGUAGUCCUUGCACAAGGUCUCAUAACAGAAGGUGUCAAGGUGGUUGCAGCUGGAGCGAAUCCUAUUCAGAUUACUAGAGGAAUUGAAAAGACGGCCAAAGCCCUGGUUGAUGAGCUGAAGUUGAUGUCAAAAGAGGUUGAAGACAGUGAAUUAGCAGAUGUAGCUGCUGUUAGUGCGGGAAACAACUAUGAAGUGGGGAAUAUGAUAGCAGAGGCGAUGAGCAAAGUGGGUAGGAAAGGUGUUGUUACUCUUGAAGAGGGGAGAGGUUCGGAUAACCAUUUGUAUGUUGUGGAGGGUAUGCAAUUUGACCGUGGCUACAUUUCCCCUUAUUUUGUUACUGACAGUGAGAAGAUGGCUGUUGAAUAUGAAAAUUGCAAGCUUCUCUUAGUUGAAAAGAAGAUAACAAAUGCAAGGGAUUUAGUCAGCAUUUUGGAAGGUGGUAUUAGAGGAGGAUACCCAAUUUUGAUAAUUGCUGAAGACAUUGAGCAGGAAGCUCUUGCGACGCUGGUUGUGAACAAACUCAGGGGAAAUCUGAAGGUCGCUGCAUUGAAAGCUCCUGGCUUUGGGGAUCGCAAAAACCAAUAUCUUGACGACAUAGCUGUUAUGACUGGGGGCACUGUUAUCAAAGAAGAGAUUGGUUUGUCACUAGACAAGGUAGGAAGUGAAGUCCUGGGGAAUGCUUCAAAGGUGGUGCUCACAAAGGAAACAACCACCAUUGUUGGGGAUGGUAGCACUCAGGAAGCUGUGAGAAAGCGAGUUGCACAAAUCAAAAACCUCGUUGAGGAGGCUGACCAAGACUAUGAAAAAGAAAAGCUUAGGGAAAGGAUUGCAAAGCUGUCAGGUGGUGUUGCUGUCAUUCAGGUUGGGGCACAGACCGAAACAGAACUUAAAGAGAAGAAGUUGAGAGUGGAGGAUGCGCUGAAUGCAACUAAGGCAGCCGUUGAAGAAGGCAUUGUUGUUGGAGGUGGCUGCACACUGUUGCGGCUUGCGGCGAAAGUAGACGCCAUCAAAGAAACACUUGAUAAUGAUGAACAGAAGAUUGGAGCUGAUAUUGUUAGGAGGGCCCUGAGUUAUCCAAUGAAAUUGAUUGCCAAGAAUGCAGGAGUUAAUGGAAGUGUUGUCAUUGAGAAGGUCCUGUCCAAUGAUGACUUCAAGUUUGGUUACAAUGCAGCAACUGGGAAAUACGAAGACCUAAUGGCUGCUGGUAUCAUUGACCCCACAAAGGUGGUUCGAUGUUGCUUAGAGCAUGCAGCUUCAGUUGCUAGGACUUUCCUGACAUCAGAUGCAGUGGUUGUGGACAUACAGGGGCCAGAACCUGCUGUCAUGGCAAACCCCAUGGAUAAUUCAGGAGCUGCCUUGAUUGGUCUCAUAUUAUCCGAGCUCGAAGAUUUGGUGAACUCUAAAGGUCUCUGA